UGUUUCGUAACGGUCGCUCGCCACCGCCGUUGCACCGGACUGGACCCAGCUGAAAUUUUGCGUUGCGUUUCCACGCGGGCCAUCAAGGCCCUCCCUUCGCAGCAUGGCACACUUCAGCCUGCACGAGCAUGCGGAGCACAUGCUCCGUAUGACCGAGGUCUUGUUGGACAAAGACAACUUGACUGAUGGCUGGAGCAACAUCGAAUCAGCUAUGGCAGCCAUUGACCAAGGGCUGAUCGCCACGAUUGCGCUGGUCCUGGGUGCCGCGUUGGUGGCUCGGGGCUUCGCCUUGGUGAAGCCUUGCUUUGUUCUUUCCACAGCCUUGGCCCUUGGGUGUCGCACCUUUACCGUGGCAUGUCGCGAAGGACAGAUGAUACCUGGCGUUGUGUCUGCCCUGUUGGUCUUCGGAUGCCGGAAGCCCCGGGAUGGUGAAAAAUGGUGGAGGAUUUGCAUGGCUUCAGCUCAAGAGCUCGUUCACGAGAUCAUGGCGGGGCUUCAGAAGUCCGCCAGUUCCCCCGCUUUGAUCAAUGCGGCGGCCUCCAUGUCGCACGUGCCAAAGCGGGCCACGCAACACGCCCUGUUUUUGGCCUCGUGGGAAGUGCCACCUGCCUGCUUGAAACCAGGGCAGGCAACGUCAGGGAGUCGAGUUGUUUACUCAGAAGAAGCGCCUGAUCUGAAGACGACUUACCUUAGCGAACGGCAUCCUCCCAAGUCGAUGUAUGCCGAGACGGUUUCCCUCCUUACCACGCCACAGGACUACAAGAACCCAGUGCAGCCCAUUCGGCAGAAGGAGCCACCCGCCAGCAGUGUGGGACACAGAGGUGCACAACAUUGGUCGUCCACCUACAAGACCUCGCAUGAUGACAACGCGAUCGUUGGAUCCGUCUACCACAGGCAGACAGGUCCUUCAUAUCAGGCAGCCAAUCCACCCACCUGUAUCGGCGGUGCCGGAUCCCAGAGCGCCAUGUCCGAAGACUUUGGCGUCUACGGUUCGGAUCCACGUAGCAAGGUUGAUCCCAUGCUGGAUCGGAUCCCCAUUCGCAAGACAGCACUGACGGCCGGUACGCCCAAGGGCACCCUGCAUAUCCCAGGCUACAACGGCUUCUUGCCCCUGAACACCCGCAAUCCCUACGUGGCCCGGGUGGCCAGUGGUACUAAUCUUCGCACCAACGACAAGUCCCACAUCACCGAUCAGUUUCACGUGAACACCCUGCACUAUGCCGGACAUGUACCUUUGAGCGUCACUAACAAUUUCGGACCAAUGAAUCCAGGAAACCGCUCUAUGAUGAGUCGCAGCUUCAAAGCACCCAACCUCUCAGCCUUCGACUGACUGCGUCAGCAGCGUCAGCAUAGG